GCAAGAACCUCACUUGAGCAAAGCCAACUCCCAGCUGUGGGAUCUUUUGAGCUCCAUGUGUGUGCUUCGAAUUUGGUCGAUAAUGCACAACUAACUGACUACCUAGGUAGUUCGUCGCAACGGCUAGUCUAGGUAUUUUUGACGAAUAUUUAUCACCCACACUCCAUAAAAUGGCCUCCAAUGGCGUAUCCCCAGAUACCCAGUAUCCCUCUGUCAAUAUUUCCAAAGACAAUUCGAUUACAAGACAUGGAUUCAAAAUAACAACUCAAAAACUCCCAAUACUCAAAGCUGGUCCAAUCGAUGAGAUGACUACAAAAUUGGGCAUUGCGCCUCCGGAGAUGAUCUUUGGCGACAACCACGCCACAAUCGAGCACCAACCCUCGGGGUGGAAACUGGAUUUCAACGCUUUUGAUGCCUUGGACCGCGUGGACAAAACUGGGGAGACAAUGCUAAAGGUGGCUUAUUCGAAAGAGUGGCAGCAGAGCAGAGAAAACACGCAUGAAGGAAUUAAAGAAGUAGUCAAACCGUUCGAUUGGUCCUAUAGCACGGAUUACAAAGGCACUCUCUCUCCGGGGUCGAAGCCAUUCGAAUCGUCCUCAUCCCCUAUUCCUAUUGAGCUCCUAAAGCGACCAGAUCCUAUCCUCUUUUUCGACGAAGUAAUGCUAUACGAGGAUGAGUUGGCAGAUAACGGUAUUGCUAUGUUAUCUUGCAAGAUUCGUGUCAUGCCUUCUCGCCUUCUGCUUCUCUCACGGUUUUUCAUGCGGCUGGAUAAUGUACUGGUUCGCCUAAGAGAUACUAGAAUAUAUGUCGACUUUGAAACGCGGGAGGUGAUUCGGGAGUAUCAAGCAAAAGAGGAGGAGUAUGAUACCGUGAGACAGCGCCUAGCCAGCUCGCGGGAAGAUAUUCCAGCCGUCAUGCGAGACCCAAAUAAACUCUCCGAUUUAUUACCCAAGGUGGACACAAGCUUGGAACAUGUUUUCGUUGGAACCUGAUAUGUAUACCUUUGGUAUCCCUCUGCCCUCCUGUUAAAGUAUCGCAUACCCGCACGCCCUCUUGCUAUAUCAUGACAUGCAACGAAUAUACCCGAGGCAAACAACAAUACAUUGCCGCUGUACAGGCGAUGAUCACUAUAUCAAGUAUCUUAGAGUAUUCCUUCUUGGAAGCUGCAAAUGGGCUACCCCCCCGAACUUGGGUAUAGGGGGCCAGCCGGUAGGAACCUGCUACAUGUACCUUAUCGUCGUCUCUUCGUCCUUUCUCUAUCCCUCCUAGAAGCUGCAGCAAUGUAGUGUCGAUACUGAGUCUCAUACGUUGUCCUACGAAUAUGUAGUGCAAUAUGGGAUAUCGGAUAGGACGUUCACUAAUAUAUGCGCUGAAUGACGC